UCUAUCAGUACUUGGCUAGUACAGCUGUAAUCUGCUAUCCCAUGUUUGACAUGACCCCACACCACCACUACAAAAGAUGUUAAGUUUGAAAUCUGGCGAAGCCCGUUACGCCUUUUACUGUACUAUAUUAUGUACAUAUACUGUACAAAGAAGAGGUGGAAGCACAGAGGUCCAACAGGGAGUUACCUGCAGAUCACAUUUUCAUGAUGGCUGACGAUUCUUGUGCCACAAACCGAGUGUUCAUAGAGAGCGAUGCCUUCUUUGAGAUACUGCGGCACAAGAAAAAUCAUCAAACCCGUCAGGUCCAUCGUUUGGAAGACCUAUUAUCUCCUAAUCAGAAGAGGGGCGUGAGGCAGAUCGCCGAGCACCCGCAAUUCCGUCGCGCAUUCGAAAAAUUGGCGGGUAUCCCAGGCAUUCGAUCGGGUAUGUUGACGGGCAGUCUUCACAAAUUCACUAGUGUUCGCUGCGAUGAGGAAAUUGUCAAUUAUUUGGAACUGAUCUAUGAUAUUUGGCUGCACGUCGUUGGGGGAAUCGAGUCCAACCUAGUCAAAAUCGACAAGGAUACAGUGCAGCUCUUGGAGCUCAAGUGUCCUGGCUUCUCCACCAGAGAUGAACGAGAUCUCCGCGACAUUGUGUCCAGCGGCCGGGCGUUCAGAAACUUCGACCAAACUGAACGAAAUUCGAUCUGGCAAAACCUUUGCAGCUUGGAUGUCGUGGUACUUUCGCUGUCGACGUUCUUCAAACACUUCAGGUACCUUGAGGAAUGUGCGAACUGCAUCAAGUCCCUUGUAUCGCUUCCUCGACACGGUAGCCUACAUGACAUUCUCUUAGCCAGCUUCAGACCACAUGCGAUAUCGGACAACCACUAUCCUGUCCAAACUUCCGAUUUGACGCUCGAAUUCCGCGUCAUCGAGCCAGGGGCUCAAUUCAACACUGGCUGGUGUCAGAUGUGGCUUUUCGCAAUGCGACAUUUCCAAAGCAUGACAACGGAUCCCAGAAUGCUCCCCAAAUUUGCAGUUUUGGCAUCUCAUUUAUACUUCGAGACCGAUAAAAUCCGAUCCCUUAAAUCACUUUGCCCGGAACAGAACACAGUCUUGCAUGCGAAUUCAAUUUCUGACAUGCAAUGUCAAACAUCUUGGUCUGUUCAGGAUGCAGAGCACCCUGCAAAACUCAGUGCGCUGGAACCGUUCGUCACUAGCAACAAAGUACCUAAACUAAACGUGCGUCCGUGGUCCACUCGAGAGGCUUAUGAGAGAAAUAAGGAGUUCCUCUUUUUCGACAACAUGAAUCAGCAACCAAUUUUUAAGGGAGAGUCAAUUACUAGCCUGUUUCUGCUUAGAACUAUUUACAUGGCUUUUUUUCGCAAGCGGCCUUUCAGUUGGGCCUAGGACUCGAUGCCAUCUACGAUAUCUCUGCGUCGU